AAAGGAAGCGUAAUGGCUGCCGCAGAAAGGACAAUAACUACUUUGCACGCUUGAAGAACUUCUGACAUCAUUUUACCUAGGGCGUCUAUAUCCAUCAAUGCUAAGAAACCAUACAAAAAAGACCAACUAUUAUUAGCGUUCUUUCGCAUGAAGUUAAGAACAUGUUGUUGGAAAAAAGAGAUGCUAUAAGCUAUAAUGUCUGCCUUGUCAUCAGUUCCCGCUGUCUUAAAGCUCAAUCAUGCACCAAGGGACUCGAUGGGUCCAUUUAAUCGCGAUGAUGGAAAUACAAAUACUUACGAUAUUCCAUUAAAACAAUAUAAAGCAAAUUACAACACACCAACACUUGGUGAUAUUCUCCGAGGUGCAGAUUCAAUAACAAGCAUUACAUUUAAUUCCUCUGUUCUUCAUAAAAUCACUGAUUCAGGUCAAGAUGGAUUAAGAGAAUCUCCAUCAACUGCUUCAAGAUUGUCCCCUUUUAGAAAUAUUGCCUCGCCAUCAUACAACACCUUAUUGACAUCAACUGCUAAUGCAAGACCAAUAUAUAACACUAACAGGUCAGCUGGGAGUUCAAAAAAUGAAAAUCAGAUUGUAGAAGAUUCAGAAAGUUUACCGGAUAGUAUGAAGCUUAAAGGCAGUAAAUAUAAAGUGAAAGAUAAUAACUCCUCAGGAUCCAAGGAGUCUAAAACCCAUAUAAGCAAAAAAGGAAGAAGAAGCAGAAAAAGAUCAAGAUCAGCAAUUGGAAGAAGUAAAGGUCAAAAUGUUGUAGAUCGACUCUAUCAACCACCAACAAGUAAUGGUACAAAGACGCCAUCUAGUAAACCAGAUAUUAAAUUAAAACCACAACAUAAUGAUGUAAGAGAUCCGUCUAUUGGUAAUGGAUUAAGUCUUGGUGCUAUGCAAAUAUCUUUAUGUAAACCUGUAACUAUUCAUAACAAUAAGCCAGAUAGGAGAGAUACUAAAUCUGAAGUGCCGAGAAGGUAUAGCGAAAGAGUUUAUACUGCGUCAACAUCAAAAUCUCUCGUUCAAAAAGAAAUUGUGGAUGUUCCAAAAGAAGCUGUGGUUUUACCUCUGGUGACAAAUAGUUCACUUGUGAAAUCAAUUACACAGACUGAAAUUGUAAGAAGGACUAACAACUACUUCUCACCGUCAACACAGAAACUCCCAAUGCAUAUGGGAGGGUCAGCGAUUAAAAAUCAAAAUCAGUCUGAUAGUGCUAACAAAGUGACUAAAAUAUAUCUUUCUGACAAACACUCAGGGACAGUGAAGGAUUGUGGGAUUGAAAUUCCAUGUGCACCACCUGCCACACCUACAGCAGAACAACUGAGGAAGGUGGAAUAUAUACCUAGUCUAACUGAUAUCAGGUCUCAAAGAGCAGUAAAAGUUAAAUUACAGGUGCUAGAGAAAGAAGCUCAGAAAAGAAUGGAAAAGCAACAGAUUGAAAGAGAUAAAAUAGAAAAGCAGAACAAAAAACUGAUGGAAAAGGAUUUAAAACAACAACAGAGGUUACAGAUUUAUGCACUCAAUAAAGUUAUGACAGAGUUAGAGAAUUCAAGAUUUAAAGAAUUUUGUGCCAAGAAGGGAAUAAAAAUGUCUUGAUAGUAACCCACCAUAGGAUUUAAACGAUUACUCAAAACCAGGGCUUUCUUUACUUGAAUUCUGUGAAUUCAACAAUUUUGCUAGUAUAAUUUAUACGACCAGCCAUUGAUAGUUCAAAGAGCAACAGUGGCUUCUUCAAUCCUUGGAUGACUUAAUUUUUAAAUAUUUUAUAUUUUUUAAGAUAGUACGUAUUUUUAAAAUUUUUGUAUGACAUAUUGCUAAGAGAGUACCAAUGCAUUUUUUUCUACGACAUACAGAAAAAAUGGCAGCAUGUUAAGGUCGUGACGUAAAACGUGAGAUCUUUUAUUUGUAGAAGACAAUUUAGUAAAUUUAUUGUUUGAAUCAUGAUGAUUUGUUAUUGAUAGUUCAUUUGUGAAAAACUGCCACUUUGCACAUUAAUAUGUUUUUUCUAUAUCAUUUUUAAAAAAUCAGUAUCUAAAUAAAAACACAUUUGCUAUCACAUAACAUCUAUUUAGAUAUUUUAAAACUGUUUAUAUUGUGAAUUAAAUUUUAAGAAGUAUCUGAUUCUGGUAUUUAUAUAGUCCAAACAAAUGUUUGUGACUUUAAUUUUAGAUAAUGUGAAUAUAGAUCGUCAUGUAUAUGUCAAACAUGGAUUUAAAAAAAAAAAAAGACUUCACUAAGACAUUUAGUUGGUUUACAGUAUUGUGAUACAAAAACAAAUAUAUUGUUUGAUAUUCUGUAUUCAUUGUGAGGUAAUUUAUCAGUCACUUAUUUGUGUAUUUGUGUAUUUUAUAUGGAUUAAAAUCAUUAUGACUCCAUGGAAACAAAAACAAAGUCACUUAAUAUGGAAAAAUGUUAUCACUCAAACUGGUAUUUAUUACAAAGAUAUACAUUAUCAUCAUAUCAUUAAUUAAAUCUGAAAACUCAUCUCAGAUUGACAAUGGGAGAUAAUCCAAAUGUUCAAGAUUGUUAAAAAUGGGAGAUAACCCAGAUGUUCUGAGAUUUGUUUUUUGGUGAUGAUUGACAAUAAUAAUAUUUCUAAAUUAAUGAAAUUUUUGCUUUGGUCAUUGUUUAUCACUUAUUUUAAGGUCAUCUUUGUUUAAGAAACUAAAUAGAUAAUAUGUACUAUCAAUUUAUUAAUAGAUUUAUCUAAACUUGUUCCUAACUUUCUUAGGAAAAGGAGAGUCGAGUGAAAAAAAAUUAUAUUUGAAAUAAAAAUCUUUAAGGGAUUAUUUAUUUUCACAUUUUUUCCAAUUUGAUAAUGAAAAAGACAAAUAUCACUCCACUCAGGAAAAAAAUCUAUUUUUUAUCUUUAAAUUUGUCAAUGAAAUGGACAAAUUAUUACUGUUUAAAAAGAAAUUUCUUUAGACUUAUAAUGGGAGAUAAUCCAGUUGUUUUAAGAUUUGUUUAUAAAUGGUGAUGAUUGUGAAUAAUUUCUACAUCAGAUAAUUAGAAUAUUUGAAUGUACAUGUAGUUAUAAAUUAUUAUAAGGCUAUAACUUUUGAAUUUCUUUUAAUAUACAAUUGCAAAAUGUUUGCAGUUUGUGAAAAGAUCAAAUGAUGUUAAUGAAUCUUGAUAAUCAAAAUGAAAAAUAAGUGAAGCAAGAAAUGAAAGAUGAACAAACAGUUUAAAAAAAACAUAAAUCACCCUUAAACCUUUCUAAAUGGGGUACAAAUGUAUGUAGCACACUAAAAAAUGCUUUAUAGGCUUCACAACAAAUUUUUAUAAUACAAAUAUGAAAUUAAAGCACAACUUAUUCAUCAUGUUCAUAGAAACUGUAAGUUUUAGCAGGUGGCAUCUCCUGUUUUUGCAAGAAAAAAUAAUUUUAUAAAAUCUAUUGGUUCAAGUAUACUGACUAUUCUAUCUCAAAUUAAAGGGUCAGAAUAUUAAUUGAACAAACAAACUGAUAUUCCUUUUAUAAAGGAUUUUUUCAUCAUUAUAAUGUUAUGUAUGAAGUCACUGUCUAAUCUAAGAAUCCUUAAGUGUUGUCAUGUGGCCAUUCUUGUCAAAAGUAAUUAAAUGUGCUAUCCUACAACAUCAGAAUUUUUAAAGACUCUUAAGGUUAAUUUAUUGUGUCCAUAAUGUGAAUUUAACUGUUAUCAUUUAAUUUAACUGUUAUCAUUUAAUUUUGCUGUUUCUUUGAUUACAUGCUGGUUUUAAAAGGAAGUUAACUUAUAACAUUACAUUGAGGAAUUCGUGAAAUCUUAAAAAGUUUAUUUGUCAGCAAAAGAACUCUGUCCUGUGUUUCAUCACAGAUCUUACAACUUAAGUAGAUUGUAUGUAUACUAAAUUGUUCAUCAAAUUUAGUCUUAAGAAUUUUUACGACUGUUAGGCCUGGUGCUUACUUUGAAACUUUUUUCAAUUGUUUUGCUGCCAGUAUAAUUUGUUGUGGUUGUUGCUUUUUACAUAUUGUUAAUGAGUGCACAAGUACUUAAUUCUUGUUAAAAAUCUGUUAUAGCAUGUAAAGUGAAUAUGGGUAAGGCUAUUGACCAGUUACACUGUGUACUAUGGAAUCGUUUAUUUUAUGUGGAUAAUAAUUUUUUGGGAAAUGAGAAAAACUUGCAUUUUUCGUGGAUAUUUGAUUCAUGGAUAUGUCAAUUCUGCAAAGAAGCCAAUUUUUUUUUAAUUAGUUGAAUAUUCAAAUUUGUGGUUCACCUGUGACAUGAAUCCCAUGAAAAUUGUUAUCCAACGAAAUAAAUGAAUAGCAGUUAAUUUAUUGGAGAUGAAAUAUGGGUAAGGCUAUUGACCCGUUAUACUGUGUAUGAACAGUUUAUUUGUUUAAGAGGAAAUGUUGUUGUGUUUGCACCAGUUGAUUUAUGUUUUUGUCUGCUUGAUACAAUAGCCAUUGCUUCAAUUUGUUGAUAACUUUUUUUAAAACAUCAAGCAAGGAGAUGAUAAGAAAAUUCAGUUUUUAGGCCAUGAUAAAAAAAUAAUACUAUGUUUUUAUUCCCCUCUCCUUGCUAUUUUAAGAGCAACAAAUAUUUUGGGCUAUUUUCUUGUAUAUUACAAUAAUUUUUCACCAAAAAAUGGUAAAAAAGAAAUAAACCUCCUUCCUCAAUUUGGAAAAAAAACUGGAUAAGAAUCCAUGACUUUUUGUAUUAUGGCCUUAUAGAAAACUUAGUUGUUAUAGACUUGUAAGAAAAAACAAGUUCCUAUAGAUUUUAUAUUUCCUAUGAAGUAUAUUUUUUCAAUAUUUCACUUUAAGUGAUUUGAAAGUUUUGAAUUAAAAUGUUUUUAGAAUUGAUUUGAUAUGAUGUAAGGUUGAGAAAUAAGUAUAGAACUUUCUAUUAUUUUAAAUGGGCUUUUCAUAAUUUUACAUAGCAAGGCAUCAUUUUACAGCAUGGUUUCACAUGUUGGAUGUUGAAUAUUUAAAUGUUAUGAAGAUUGAAAAUACUGAUAUAAAAGAUGAUGUGUGAAAAUAUGUCAUAUAUAUAGGCUAACAUUAGUCAGUUCUUGCAAGAUUUUAAUUUUUGCUGAUUUAAUUUGGUUGAACAAAAUAUAUAGUUGGUUGUUUUUGCACGAUAUCAAUUUUGGCUUUGUUUUCUCAGUAAAGGAUGUUUGCUGCUCUGUUACAAAAUUACAAGCUUUUUAAAAGACUGCUUAAAAUUAGUAGUACAUGAAUAUGAAUAUCUUGUCCUUGAUUUUGAGAAAUAAGCCAUUGUAAAUUUGACAGGCAAUUAUUCUCUUGAUUUUUCAUACAUUUAACAUUAGCAUCUUUUUACUUUCAAAAACUAUGACAAAAUAACAAGGAUUUUAUAAGAUUUUCAAAGUAGGCUUUUUCAACUAUAUGUGAUAAAAUUAUGAAAAGAAAAGUAGGGGUGAGUGGCCAAAAUUUUAAAUGGCAUUUCAUGGAUAAAACCAGAGGAUUUUGAAUAUCUGACAAAAAAUUAAAACACAAUCGGAGAACAUCAUUAAAAAAAUGUUGGUAAUGUGAAAACCACCAAAAACUUUUCAGAAUAUUUAAAUCAAUGAAUUUCAGAGCACUAACAUCAUAAAUUAAUCUUUUCAACAACAAAAUUUCAUGGUCUUAAACUUUUAAAAAUAGCCUAUAUACAGUAUUAUUGAUUUUUUUUACCUGUUAAUCUUUCAAAAAUAAAAAAAAAUAUCAUGAGUUUACCUGUAGCUUUUUAUAAAUGUGUCAUUUUUAAACAAAUUUUAUGAAAGUGAUUAUAUAAGUACAUAUAAAUGUAUUUUGAAUUGUACUGUUUUUGUAGACAAUUGUGACUUUAUCACAAUCUUUUUCAUUAUUUAUUUAUAUGUUAUUUUAUUAAGUGUUGUUGAUGUUUUUUAAAUUUUAUAUAUUAAAUAUCUGUGAUAGUUGCAUUUAAAUUAAGUAUUGUUUUCUACACAGGAAUAUUAAAAGUCUUUUUGUCAUAA